AUGCACAUGCUUGAACUUGUGGCGCUCUUUGAAUCCACUGAUGGGCCUGAUCUGAAGUAUCGCAAAGACAUCUAUCCAGUGGUUUUUAACUGCCAGUUUAUAUAUCGGUACAAGGAAAUAAAUCCCUAUGAAUACGUCCAAGAUCUCAAGCAAAAAGUGUUAGACACUCUUUACAGCCAUUUCAACGAGAAAGUUGAUGUUUCUAGUUACUACGAGAUCGACGAGCUGGACUGUAACCCGCCUAGAAAUGUGGGGGGAGCCAAAAAUCCAAGCAUGUGGAUUAGCCUGCUAAUCGACUUCCCCAAGUAUGUCAAAGUUGAUAAUGCGCUGUUCAAGAGUCUCUUUGAAGACCGGACGCCUAGCCUGGAUGACUGGGAGAUGUGCAAGUUUGAGGCCACAGACCACAUGAGCCUGGCGCGUCUGGAAUGGUUCAUGGAUAGGGCUGGCUACACCCAUUCCCACAACUGUGUUGAAGAGGCUUAUCAACUGGUUUUGGACGUAAUGCAUCCUAUUAGUCAACUAUCGCUGGAUGAUUAG